AUGGGGUCUCGGCGCCCACGAUAUAUGCUUCAAGAACCGGUCCGUCCGCGUCGCCCACUCAUGUCAAACCCUCGUUCAGCUAACCGCCCCUUAAGCUUCUUGUCCACGUUCUUCAGCCUAGGUCAAGUCCUACCCACACACCGCUUGUGGUACUCGCCAUCGGGCGGCCUGUACCAGCCUACCAUGGCGCGAGCGAUACAACUCCUCUCUGGUCCUCGGACGACAUCCGGGCCACUUGCGGACGCCGCCGGAUCAAGCUCGUUUCCAUCGCCGGUGGCACGUGCCGGGAAUCACCACGCCUGGGUCCACGUCUUUCCCGAGGCUUGUUGUCACCAGGGUGUCGACGGGAGCUUGCGGUACUUCAAAUGGGGCAUCUCGCGACUCAUUCUUGAAACCGACCCGGCCCCUCAAUUCAUCCCCAUGUUUAUUCACGGUACCCAGGACAUUGUGCCCGAGGAACGGGGCUGGCCACGGUUCCUUCCUCGAGUGGGAAAACGGGUGAGGGUCGUGGUUGGAGAGCCCGCAUCUGUUGCCCAUCUGUUCGGCCAUCAUCGCGCCGCCUGGAAACGCCUGACCGACCGCUAUGACGAAGAGCAGCUGAGGACGCACCCCGAGGCGGUGCAGUUACGGAUCGACGUUGCAAAAUCCGUCCGAGACGAGGUUCAGAAGUUGAGGCAAAGCCUCGGCUUUCCCCGAGAAGAGGAUGAGACGGCGGCCAUGGCGGAAACCUGGUCCAAGGAGCCGAAUAAACGUAGGUUCAAGAGCCCGGUAGAUGGCAGUCUAAUCAAUAGGAUCUAG